CCAGAUUAAUACAAUCCUUCCCACGGCGGCCGUAGAUCCUAAUUAUUGAUCAGAUUAAAAUAAUCCUUCCCAUGGCGGCCGUAGAUCCUAAUUACUGAUCAGAUUAAAAUAAUCCUUCCCAUGGCGGCCGUAGAUUCUAAAUAUAAUUCUAAACGGUUUUGAAACUAUAAAUAGGAAACCCCUGCUCUGCCGCCGGAAUCUCACUUAUCUGUUGAUAUGGUGGGGCAAAUCAAAUCAAAAUCACCACAGUUUUAGCCUAAACACCGAAAAAGCAAGGAGCAAAGGCUCUGCCUUCAAAUGGAGGAAAAAGCUGGUCCAAGUGCAGUCAAUGUGUGGAACAUUGCUUGCGGGUCGGCUGUUCUUUAUCUUAUAAGUACUUUCUCUAAAACCCAUUUCAUUCCAGUCCAGAUUUCACGACACUUUGCCCUCCCAAAGCUGCUAAAAAACUUCAUAAACAUCGGAUAAUCUGGACAGAUUGUAAUGAAAAGGAAUUCGAGGAUUGGAUUCAGCCAAUAUGCAGCCUAGGGGGGCUACUCAUUUAGCAGAAGAUACAGCAGCGCUUUUAGUUCCCUUCAGAUCAGGGAAGCGAGAAUGGCAUAUAAAGAUGCUGCGUAUUCUUUCAUACUUGAUACUGGUAGGCUUUGGUGUAGUUAUUGGGGUGGUCGCAACCUUCCAUAUGACCAGAUAUUUAGGCGCCCAGAACAUGUUUAACCCACUUGGAAAGCCAUUGGCUUUCCCACAGGCUCAGCUAUCAUGUAAAAUGACUAGGGAUCGGUCGGGAUUAGAACAGUGGAUCAAGCCAAGCGAGUUAAUGCACAAUAUGAGCGAUAGCGAGCUUCUUUGGAGAGCUUCCCUGGCGCCCAGGAGAAAAGGGUAUCCCUUUCACAGGGUUCCCAAAGUGGCUUUCAUGUUUUUGACCAAGGGCCCAUUGCCGCUUAUUGCUUUGUGGGAAAAGUUUUUUCAUGGGUAUGAAGGAAUGUAUUCUAUUUACGUGCAUACGCUUCCUUCGUUUAAGCUCAAUGUCACCUCAAGGUCUCCUUUCUAUGGUCGGCAGAUUCCCAGUCAGGUUGUACGGUGGGGAGAUUCAAAUAUGGUUGAUGCAGAAAGGCGACUUCUUGCAAAUGCAUUACUUGAUUUUUCAAACGAAAGAUUUGUACUUUUAUCAGAAACUUGCAUCCCUGUAUUUAACUUCUCUACAGUUUAUGCUUAUUUGGUACAGUCCUAUCAUAGUUUUGUGCAUUCAUUUGAUGACCCAAGUCAAUAUGGAAGAGGGCGGUACAACAGGAACAUGGCACCAGAUAUAACAUUACGGCAAUGGAGAAAAGGGUCACAGUGGUUUGAAGUUAAUCGGAAACUAGCAGUUAAAAUAAUCUCUGACACCAAAUAUUAUCCUAUAUUCCAGACACAUUGCAGGCCAUCUUGCUAUGUUGAUGAGCAUUACAUUCCAACCUUGGUGAAUAUGCAACUUGGGUCAUUUAAUUCGAAUAGAAGCAUCACAUGGGUUGAUUGGUCAAGGGGUGGUUCUCAUCCAGCUAUGUUUGGAAAAGAGGACAUCACAGAAGAGUUCUUGAGGAAGAUUCGUAAUGCAAGGCAUUGCAUGCACAAUAGUCAGAAAUCUUCAAUAUGUUUCCUUUUUGCUCGUAAAUUUUCUCCAAGUGCACUGAAUGUUUUGUUGCAGAUGUCCUCCAAAGUUUUGGAAUUUAAUUGAAUUGAUGCUAAACAUGAUGUGCGAGUUGUCUGAUGGUAUUGAUUUGUACCAUCUACAACGGGCUUCUAUUUUGGUCUCCCCUUCAAAGUGUUCUGUAACUUGUUUGCUGAUCCAAAUUACUUCUUAGUAACAAGUCAGUAACUUCAAAUCCCUUCUAGGUGAUAUAUGCUUUAAUUCCACAUUAGAACCCAAUUUGACUUGGGUUUGAUUAUUUUACCGACAGCAACUAAUUGCUGAGGUUGUGUUGCUAAUUUAUACAUUCUUUGACUUUGAGCUUAAUAAGUUGCUUUAAAUUUGAAAAUUAUGCAUUCAGGGAUUGAUCUUUUAA